GCAGCAGCGGCGGCGGCUCGAACAGCUGCGGCGACGACGGCAGCCCUGCCUUGACUGCAGCCGCGCCAGCUCCAGCGCCCGCUGCCCAAGUCCGUCAGCGACGUGCGCCUCGGGAGUCGGCCUGGGAGAUUACAUGAUCAUCUACAAAAGUCUCAAGAAAUCAUCCACAAGCCCUCCUGAAACUAAUGAGUGAUUAUAGAAAAAUUACAGGAUAUGAGGAAGAAGAUCAGCUAAAUACUACUAGGCAAGAAAUGCUUUAAAGAAGAGGUGGACCUUGACAGGAAAAGCAAUGGAUAGUCCCUCAACACAAAUACGGGUGUGGGUCAUCUACACCCUGAAACCCAAGGCUUCACGGCCUCUGGAGAAGAGCAUAACAUCCUAGUGGGACAGGAUUUAUAAGCCUUCCUCAGGCCCAACUAAGAGGAAGGACAGAUGUUCAUCAGUGGAGUAAAGCUAAAGUAACCCUAGAGCUAUUCAUAUUGUAGCUGUAAGAAAUUAUCCUGGAUUAAAGAGAUGACUGAGAAGGUUGUACAGCAUUUGAACUUGGAAUGAAAUAAUAAGAAGUUACAUUCAUGGAUAACCAACAAGAUAAGGCUAUUGCUGCCUCAGCCAAUGGAGAAAAGACUCUGAUUAAUGGGCUCAAAGAAAAUGACUCAGAGGACCAGGAUGUUGCAAUGAAGUCAUUUGCAGCUCUAGAAGCUGCUACACCAAUCCAGCCUAUACCAGUGGUACAAAAAGACUCCUUGGUAUUUCCCAGGGGUCUCCUGCCCCUGCCCUCUAAGAAGCCCUGUAUGCAGAGCCCUCCCUCUCCUUUGGGCCUGAUUGAAGCACCCGAGCAUGCUGCUGAUAGUGCUUCUGUUAAUGCCAUCUCCCUCACAUCUGGAGUUUCCAAAGGCCUAAAUACUUGGUCACUGCCCAGUGAGUGUGAAAAAGCUCCUUUUGCCAUAAUGGAGCCUGCAGGUAUGUCAGCUCUGAAUGGAGACUGUCUCAUGCAACCAAGCCGGACUUGCUUGGGCUGUUUCAUGGAGUCCAAGGAGGCAGUAGAUCCUGAGCCAGGGAUCAGCUUGAAAGUUAGUGAUCUAAAUAGGGAUUAUGAAACGUGUGCAGUCUCUGAUAUAGGGAUUCAGUGCAUUAAUGCUGGAGAAAACAUGAAAUAUGGAGAGCAACUGCUUUCAGAUCAGCUACUAGGAUUCCCUCUACAUAAAUCAAGGGCAGGAGAUAGAAGAGAAGCUGAGAAGCCUGACAUUGACUUGGAAGAUCCAGCUCAGAAAAGUUAUUAUGAAGCACUACUGUUAGAUAAAUGUAAUACAGAAGAAGCUUUGCUUGCAAAUUCCAAUCAGGAUUGGGGUUACUUUGAGACUUUCAUCAGUGAGAGUAAGAUUGAACUACUUGACCUCUGUUCCAAGAAUGAGCUUUCUGUCAACCUGUUCUCUGAAGAAGAUGUGGAUAACUAUAUGUUUGAUGAUGAUGAGUCAACACUGGGUAGUGAUGUCUGCUCCCUGAAAAUUAGAUAUGAGUCCUUUCAGGACAAUGUUCGAGACAAGACCACCCUCCUGAUGCAGGAAGAUGCCCAAUUCAACUUUUUUCCCAGUGUCUUUACUACCUGUCCCAAACGGGAAUCUAAGAGUACAGUCCUGAAGCAGAACAGUGACCUUUCCCAAUUCAAGGUCCCCGAUGUGAGCAUCAUCUGGGGGGAGGAAGAUAAAAACUUGGACAAGAAGAAAGGAAAAGAAGAAGGACUUGAAGAUAAAGGUGUAGAGAAAAAAGAUGGAAAAGAUAAUGGAGAAAAACCUGCCUUAAAUAAACCUAGUGGUGGGCUUGAGGUAGAACACUUUAAGAAUCUAAAGCAAGACCAUCUUGCUAAUUCCUUAGAGACAUCAGGUAAUUUCAGUGAUGACAGUUCCUUCAUUGAGGUCUCGUAUGAUGCCAUGGGGGAGAUUAAGGACUGUAGCCGCUAUAUGGCUCGGGACACUAAUUCUGGCAGCUCCUCCUCCCAGCAGAACUAUGGCCUGCGAGCCAAGAGAAAAGUUAGAUACAGUGAAGAUUAUCUAUAUGAUGUUGACUCACUAGAGGGUGAAAAAGUAAAUGAAAGGAAGGAAUGGCUACCAGGUGGUUCCAAAGAAGAAGAUGAUGAUGAAUGGUGUCCCAAAAAGAGAAGAAAAGUAACCCGUAAGGAGCCUCCCGUUAUUAUCAAAUAUAUUAUUAUUAAUCGUUUUAAAGGUGAGAAGAACAUGCUGGUGAAGCUAAGUAAGGUAGAUGCCAGUGAGACAACAGUAAAUUUGAGUGAAAAUCAGCUCAACAAAUAUGCCAAGAUGUCACCUUUGAAAGGCUUCUGGCAGAAGAAGAAAAAGAGAAGUAGCAAUGCAGACUCUAUUAAAACACCCUUAUGCCAAAAGCAAAGCUUUGAACCAGGUAGCUUUGAGGUGUCAUUCCUGCCACCUGCUCGUAAACGAAAAUCUAAGCUUGGCAAUAGACACAGGAUUCAAAGAAUUCAAUCCAUGGAAACUUCACCAAGUAAGCAGGUUUCAUUCUGCAGUGAUCAGAAACAAGUCGGUAAUCGCAAAGAAGAAGGAGUCCUAAAAGGUACACCAAAGUCAGCGCUUCUUGCUGUCCCCAGCUGUGCCAAUGAAUCACAUUUAAAUGUUAUCACAGGCCCUGACACAGUGAAAGUCAAAGCUCAAGACCAAGCAUUUAAGGGACCAGAGAGAAAAGUGCUCAAUAAAAUCAAGUUUAAGAGUGAAGCUAGGUUAAAAUCCAAAAAAAUUAAAGCUGGGCAAGAAAACAAAUCACUUGUUCAAAUGAGCCCUGUGUUGGAGGACCAAUCCUCCAAGGCUAAUUUAAAAAAUGAAGUAAUUCCUGGGACCUCAAACAAUUCCAAUCUGUCUGAAUUUCAUGAAGCAAAGGUUUCUAAAAAUUCUACUUUCUUACCAACCACCUGCUCUUCUGAAAUGCCUCUAUCAUCUGCUAAUGUUGCCACCAAUAUACCUGUUAUCCCUGGAGGGUAUCUGCAAACAUUGUUAGAUGCUUCUGACUUGUCAAAUAAUACUAGUAUCUCAUACUUUACCCACCAGUCUCCAGAGCAAAAUGAAGGUAGUCUCACUCAAACAGAAAAAUCAUUUGUGCCUCUCCAGUCUGCCCAGGACUGCGUACUCUCCUCAUCAUCUGACUCUGAGCUACAACAACCAUCCCCUAAUUUCAAAAUGGAAACAAGCAACUAUGGAAAUGUGUGGCCUAACAAAGCUACUUCUGCUCCCCAGGAAUUAAUGGCUGAAGUCUCAAGAGAUAUAACCUCAAACCAAUCCAGUGAAUUUGAAACUUCCCAAGUAGUCUCCAUGGAAAACAAUCUUACUGCUAUAACAUACAGUUCUGUCUGCCUCAGUAGUGGUGGUGGUAGUUGCAACAAAGUCCUUUAUACCUCCGUGCAGGACCCCCAGCUCCCAUCAGAUGACUCUUAUCAAUUGUGUCACUUUAAUAAUGGAGAGAUCUGCUUUCCUUUCCAAGAGACCCCAGUCAAUAUGGAUGAUGGUAGGCUCUUUAGCUUUGAUACCAUCACCCCACUUUCUGUAAGCUCAAGCACUUAUUGCUCCUUAAACUUGAAGUCCUGUGAAAAGGAUGCUGAUGAUGAUAUUGCUGAUGACUUCCUGGCCCACUGCAGCCCUAAACUGGUGAUCCAGCAAAGCAUUGAUGAGAUAACACCACUAAAGGAGUCCACUGACCUCCUGGAUAUCUCCAACUUCACCCCUGACAAAUUCCGCCACUCGUCACUCUCAGAGAUGUCCCCACCAGACACCCCCAGCCUUUCUCCUCAGAUUACCAGAUGUGAGAAUGUCAAAACACUAGGAACAAUGAAGGGGUUCCAAGAGGGUGUUGCAGGACCAUUGAGCAGCAUGGAGAAAAUCAAGUGGGACUGUAGUGCCCUGUCAAAACAGGUCCAAGCAGAUGAUGGAUUUACAUUAAAUAACCAUCAGUUUCAGUUUCAUAUGUUCAAUGAUGAGGAUUCUGUUGGCCUACUGCAAAAAAACCCUUGCCAGUCAACAUUUAUUGAUCCAGCUGGUCAAGUUAGUACCAACAACAAAGUGUCAAAAUCAAGAAAGAAAACUUCGCCAGGCAAGAGUGGAGCUAUGAGCCAAAGCUCUUCUCAGAAAAACACCAGGAAAAAGUCUCCAAAAUCCAAUAACAAAGGUAUUGAAAAGCCACCUGGCAAAAACUCCCGCCAGGUCUCUAAGUCAACAAAGAAGGGGAAAUAUGUGGCUGCCAUCAAUGGAGAGAAAAUGCAAAUAGGCAUUGGCCGUGGGGGAGGCCCAAUCAAUAGUGUAUCCUCCACUGGAAAGACACUGACUGAAUGUAUCCAACAUGGUGGCCCUGUCACCUCUAUGAAGAUGCCAAGUCAGAAGGGAAUUUCUAGAGAUUGGACUUUGGAGAAAGAGACUAGCCCAGGCUGGAAUGACAUGAGUGUGGGCACUAACACCAACAACCUCCUAGAUGAUGAUCAACGGGAAUUUCAAGAGCCUUCCUAUAUCUUGUCCAACAUUGCCUCUGGUAUGGCAGAUGUGCAGAGAUUCAUGAUGGCCUCCAUAGAGCCCCUUUGGGAGCCCAUGGAACAACAUGGAGACAGCAAUACAUUCUACUCCCCUGAGUCUAAUAGUCUAAAAUUAAAAACCCUCAAAAUAUUGGCUGGGACACCACAAGAGUCUAAGAAAAAGACCAAUAGUGGAUCCUCAGGAGCUACUAAGAAUCACAGAUCUAUCAAGGGUGUGAGCAAAAGCAAUGGAAAAGCUGCAAUAGGUGAUCCUGGUCGUGCAGACGUGCCUGCUUAUAAUGAGGACUCCCGAUCUGCCUUCUUUGAUAAAAAAUAUGGUAACGUGAGCACUUUAGGGAAUAAUGGACCAACACACAAAAAGUUGUAUCGUCACAAAUCCAGCUCCAAGGCCCUAAGAGAUGAGAAGUGUAAGGGAAAGCGCAUGGAGCGAGAACAGGUCCGCAAGGAUGAGGCUGGGACAACUUUUGAAAAACUGAGGGAUUCCAACUACAAUCUCCUAAAAGCAGAAACAACAUUUUGAGUUUUACCUGUGUUUGAAGAAGAGACUCGUAUUUUCCAGAAAGACAUUUGAUGUUUGUGUUUUAUUUCUUUCAAAAUAUGCCUUGUGGUAUGUAUGUUGACAUGUAAGUGCUUAAAGAAAAGAAUUUAAAUUGUGGGAAUAAGUCUUUGAAAUCAAACUUUAAUCUGAUGUUCUAUGUAAAAGACUUUAAAAGUCAUGCAGUUUCACAAGUAGUUUAUGCACUAUUUACCCACAAGGAAAAACGGAAAACAUUGUGCCAAACUACAACAAGUGACUGUACUGUAUAUAGUUUUACUUCUAUAUCAACAUUUGGUUGUGAGUAUUUGGGGGAGUUUGUCCCUGUUAAUUUACUAGAAACAUUCCAGUGAUUCUUGCUAUUAACCACCCCCACAUUUGUGGAUAGCACCUGUAGAUCACAGUGGAAAAUAUGUUGUGUUACAUAACUUACCAAAAUUUAAGGAUUUUGAUUGAAUUGUGCCAAAUUUCCUUACCUCAUCUCACAGAUUCACCCCACAGUUUAAAGAUCAUUAAUGAGUUUUCAAAUAUAUAUGCAUGCAUAUAUGCAUAUAUAUGCAUGUAUUUCUAUAUACACAUACACACAUACAUACAUACAUUCAUUUAAUGUUUUAAACUCUACUAUCCUGUGUGGAAACAUGAAGAGUUAAGCAAGGCACAAUAAAGAUUUAUUUGUUACAUCAUCUGAGGAUGAAAAUGUUGGAAAAGUUUGAAGGUCACAACACUUAAGUCCAUCAGGAACCUGAGUAUAUGCAUUUAUAGACCCUUUUACAAGGAAACAAAACAGCUGCUUUGAAAGUUUGUUUUCUAAAAGUAAAAUCUGUUGUGGAAAAUUAUUUAAAGUGCAAAGUUAUAUUGCUGAUACUUUAUAUCUCAGUUUUAUAUAUUUUAUAAUAGCCUGGGAUAAAUUAUAAAAUAACUAUAAAAUUGACACUAAUGAUAAAUGAAAUGCAUAGAUUGCUUUUGUUUAAAUAGAUUCCUAAAUGUUUUAUUCCAGUUUGUCAAAAGUGCACUCAUAUCAUGGCUUUAUUGUUCUUUAAAUGUUUAAUCUUGCAAUGCCAAUGUCAUUUAAAUAAAAUGUUAACACAUCUCAGAUUAACCAAAUUUUUAUUCCUAUUAGUUAGAUAUAAUAUUAAAUAAGCUGGAAAUUGGUCGUAGCAACUGACUUGGACUAUACAUACUUAGUCUGAGGGUGACUAGUGUUUGAUACCACACACUAAGUAUAAAUUUCAAAUUUCAGUAAAUCUUUAAAUCAUAUUUUUAAUUCAGUCCUCCCCUCCACUACCUUUAAAAAAAAUUUCACAGCUCCCAGCAUCCCUCACUACUAGCCUCUUCUUCCCCUUUAUUCACCACUUGACUUCUAACAUUUGAUCUCUUUUCCUUGCACAGUUGAAGGCCUGUGUGUCUGAUGACUGAUGCAUUGUGGCACAGAUGAGAUAAUGAAUAUGAAAGCGCUUUGUAGAUCGAAAAGUGCUAUACAGAUAUAGGGGAUUAAUAUUAUUAAUGUUGUUGGUUGUUGUUGUUGUUACUAUUCUUACUAAUAUUGUUACUAACCUGUUAACUUGUGAAUAUAUAGGCUGGGGUGGGAGGGUGGAGAAUAAGUGGGUGGGGAAAACGUACUUAACAAAAGAGGGAAGAUGUUUCAAAGGAAAAUUUUAGACAGAAUAUGAACCUACCUAAUCAUUGACACCGAAAUAUAUUCACAAACAGAGAAGCAACAUUUGAAAGUGGUCAGAGAGAAAUGGAAGGAAGCUUAUCACAUAUACAAAUGUAUAUACUUCCCAGUUCAUGAUUCCUUUCACCAGCGUUUACUCUACUACUUACAGCUAGGUAGUAAAAUGAACAGCCCCAUGUUAUUGAUUGUGUGUGAUUUCAGCAUCAGUCUCUUUUGUCUGUGGGGACAAGUACGAGGAGCAGUUUGUGAGGCUAGUUCAGGCACAUUCCUAGACUUUGACAUUCUGUGCAGUGAACCCUGGAAAAUUAUUUAGUGGAAGGGCAUCAGAUGAAACAAGUCUCUUGCCUUACAGCUGCCAUCCAAAAGGGAAAAUAAUCACACUAGAACACUUUCUUCUGUUUCUCAAUCCUCUGAUAGCUAGCUAUUUGUACUAAAUGCUCUGGCUUCUUCCUAGGAACUGGUUUUUGUUUUCAUUUGUUCUGUUUUGCAGCUGAAUUUUAGCUUGGAAUCACCAGCUCAGCCUGUAUUGUGAUCUCCAAAACUCCAAACCUCAAAGUCAUCUGCUGGCUUGUAGGAAUGGAGUUCUUUCUAUGUAACCAAAAAGUAAAUAUUAAAGAAGAAAUAAAGAAAAUGAGUAUAAUGUGUUUUAUAAAAAUAAAUAUGGGAACAGUUAUCCCAGGUUUUUCUUAAAGCAUCAGUUCAGCUUUGGAGAAGAGUAGGAUAGCCUGAAACUGUUUAAAAAUUUUCCUUGUCAGAAUUUACUAUCCUUUGGAUUUAUCCUUUGGAGUGGAUACUCUUUCAGUUGCUCCUGUGGAGCCCACUACGGGCCAACUCUAGGGCAUGGUUCAUACCUUUCUCCAAAGAGAAUUGCUAUUUUAAGCACCUUUUUAUUGGCCUGUGAGGAAUUAUAUGUUGUUAACAUAAACUAGUGGCUUGUAACUAGUCAUUUUGUACUAAAACAUAACAAGAAAAUGAAUUUGAAAAGUGAACAACAGGCCAAGGCAAAAAAAUGCUUAUUCUCUUACAUAUACUUAAUAUCCCUUACAGUACACUAUGUUCUGCGUUGUUGAACACUUAAUAUGCUGUUGGUCCCAUCUUGGCUCUCAGAAUUCUUUUCCUUCCUAUUACAGCGUAGGCCAAACUUACUAGAGAUCUCUUUUUCAACCAGCUGCCUUAGUAGAGUGAGGACCAAUGUAUGAAAAUAGUGUUUUGCCCUAUCACUGAUUUUUCAAGUCAUAAAUAAUAGAUUUUCCUUGGUCUGAAAUUUCUGAUUACCACUCCAUUCUAAUCUCUCCUUUUUGAGAAGUUGCUUCCUAUUCCCCAAUAGAGUCUCACUUAGUCUUUGCUCUCCUGGAAAUGGUAUCGUCUCUUACUCUUCUUUCUUAAUCUUGGUUCUUGGUCUUGGAACUUUUCUUCUUUUAUGGCAUUAUAUUCCACCUCCCAAAUUGAUAGAGUCUGAGAACUUCAGCUAGAAUGCUUUCUUCUGGAAGUUUAGAUGGCUACCUUCCCAUUCUUAAUCACUUCAUUGCCUGGGCCAUUUUCAGACAUAAUUUUAAGCAUUUGAGACACAAAUAUCACAUUGCAUUGGAAAAUUGGGAAUUCUUUUUUUUUUCAAAUUCUAUAAGAAUAGGUCUGAUCUACUGUUCUAGUUAGAUGCUGCAUUGUGUGUAACAAAGUGUAGAUUAACAGCCCCACCCAAGGGUCUUCAAGACUUUGGGGAUUCUGUUUGGAAAACUGACUUGAACCAGUGACCCUCUUCUAUGCCUCUCCGGUGUCUCAGAUACAAGCUGUCUCAUAUGUGCUGCUUCCUUCCAGCUCUCCCUUCUGAUUUCUUCUUGCUACUCUACAAUUAUGUGUUAAGGCCUUACAUUUUCCUAAAUAUUUUCAAAUCUCCUGUUCUACUUUAAUCAUCAAUUCUUCAGUCAUUUCCCUGAAGUCCCUGGUGCUAGGUGGGCUUUCGUGACAAAACUUUCACCUUCUUGGACCUUUUUCCUUACUAGGAAGCAUCUGUGUGUGUGAGGAAGGGGGUGGGAGGAAGAGGGUAUGAGUGUGUGUGUGUGUGUGUGUGUGUGUGUGUGUGUGUGUGUGUGUGUAUCUGUGUAUCUGUGCGUGCGUGCGUGCGUGCGUGCGUGCGUGUGUGUGUGUGUGUGUGUGUGUGUGUGUGUGUGUGUCUGUGUAGGUAAAAGAAAAGCAUAAAGGAUGCUUUAAAAGCUGUAAACAACUAGCUAGCAUCCUGAGUUCUUUCAUGUGAGGUAUUGCAGUUCUAGUGAAUUUCCAUUUUAGUGAAUUUGAAUUAGUGUUUACUGCCUAAAGGAGAAAAACCAUAUCCAAGGACCUCUUAGCCAAGCUUGCUCUUACUAAAUUGAACCACUGUGGUGUAGAUCCACCACAUCUUCAAUUUACAGGUGUUCUCAUAACCAUUCCAAGAUAGGAAGAAAGAGCUAAGUUUCUGUGCUGAAGAGGAAAAUGGAAGACUAGCUAGUCCUAGUUUUUGCUAGAACUAGAAAUGUUUGUUUUCUCCUACAUUACUGAGAAGUUGUUGAAUUUAAGGAGUUUUAAUUUUCACUUAGGGAUUUUUUAAUGACUACCCAUCAUUACAGAAAUAAGUCCUUUUUAUAAAAUAAAACUAAUACAACUUUGAUUUGUUUUCUAAUCAUAAAAUUCUAAGCCAAUAGUUAUAUUUAGAUGGCUUAGUACCAAAAUCAAAUGUUUUAGUAACGAAUAGAGAUUUUUGUCAAUACAAUGUAGGCCAGGGAUUUUAUAGAGGUUCUCAAAGACCCAAGUAGGAGAGAGAAAAAAUUUUAGUUAGGAUUUUUAACUUGGGAAACACUGUCAUCAGAUUGAGGGUCCUCAACUAGCAUGAGAUUAUUUUGAUGACAGUACUCAGGCUACCCUUUAAGGCACAUAUUUCACUCAGAAUUAAGCAGUAGCUACAGUCAGAAGCAGAGUUCCUAUUGCAGCUACAUGAUACUUGAGAUGUACUCUUGGUUUGAGAAACACAACUAAGAAGUACAACAUUGGGGAAGGACAAUUUAAGAGAGAGGUUUAGUACAAGGCUUAAGGGAUGAAAGAGGCUUUAAAAAUGAUAGGUAAGGUAAAUAAAUACUAAAGAUGCUGAAGAAACACUCAUCAUAUGAGAUGGAAAGGAUGUUUGUCCACUCAACAAACUCAGGAGUUUCCAUGUCUCAGAAGGACAUCCCAUAAAAAAAGAAAGAAGGAAGGAAGGAAAAGUUGCUGGGCGUGAUAACUCGUGCUCGUAUUCCCAGCACUCAGGAGGCCUCAGCAAGAGGAUUGCUGAGAAGUUAAUGAUAACCUGGGCUACAGAGAGAGUUCCUGGUCAGCCUGGACUAUAAUGUGAAACUCUGUCUCAACCCCCCCUCCCAAAAACAGAAAUCUCAAAUCAUUUUGCCUCUUUGAGAGAUGCCUGGUUUUACAGCACAAAAGAAAAGGCUUGAAUGAAAGCUAGAUGAGGCCUUUUUUUUUUUUUUUUAACCCAGUGAGGAGGACAGAAAUCUUAAGCUGCUCUACUGGGAUACCUGUAGCACUGACUAGAGUUUGCUGCCUACAGAGUUUUGAAUGUACUAGUCCUUAGUUUCCAUAGAACUGAAUGCACCUCUUUAGUAAGUUAAUGAUUCAUGGUGCUAAAGAAAAUGAUUAUCCCUGUUUUUCUUCUUCCCUAAGCCCUUUAAACAUUUAAGAAAAUUUAAAAGCAUUUAGAGACCCUUUUUAUGAAUGUAACCUGUUUCUGUUUAACAUAUGACACUGCAACUUUAAAGUUAGGAAAUAAUUUGCCUUUUCUUUUAGAAUUAAGCUUUAUAAAUAAUCUGUAGAGUCAAUUGAAGUAUAAAGCUUAAGGAUCACUCUUAAAACGCCUACAAAAUCUUGUAUAUUUUUAAGUGUGCCAAUUUGUAACAUAUUUUGUAAGUGUAUAUUUUUCUUAGAAAAGUGCUGUGAAGUGUCUGUAUGUGAGAGUUUUCCUUUUUCUGCACCACUAGGUGCUAAUAAAAGGAUAUUUACUUCAAAGUUUCUGGUUUUAGAAACCACAAUACAAAGAAAAAUACACUUUUGUUGGGAAUUUUGUAACAGAAAACAUGUUGUGAAAGAGUGUAGUGAUCUUGUGCAAAAGAAAAUGAACAUUUGUGAGCUUCUUGCUGUUUUAUAGAUUUUCUUGUAAAUUAUUCUUGUAACACCUCUGGUUUUGUUGUUCUUGUUGAAAAAGUUUUAAAUAUUUGUGACUGAAUGUAUGGUGAAACUGUCAUAAUGUUACUAGCUGAGUUUUGUUAUUGUUUAUGGAAUAAAUAAAAGAAAAGUUUAAAAUGCU